AUGGUUGAAAAACUUGCAGAAAGUGUCGGAUGGGGAGUUGUGCUUGGAUUCGGUGCAUUCUUUGCCGUCGUAAUGUCGUUAUUAACAUUAGCACAGAAACGUUAUCUUCAGGAAUAUCAAACUAGUGAAAUGUUUAUGACAGCACAUCGUUCAGUAAAAACUGGUUUAGUAGCAUCUGCUGUUGUGUCUUCUUGGACUUGGGCAGCGACUUUACUUCAAUCUUCUUCAGUAGCAUAUGAUUAUGGUGUCUCUGGACCUUUUUGGUAUGCGUCUGGAGCUACUAUCCAGGUUUUACUUUUCGCUAUCUUAGCUAUUGAACUCAAACGUAAAGCUCCAAAUGCGCACACUUUUCUUGAAAUAAUAAAUGUUCGUUACGGGAAGGUUGCUCAUCUCAUUUUUCUGGCGUUUGGUUUGGCAACAAAUAUGAUCGUGACUGCGAUGUUGUUGCUUGGUGGUUCGGCCGUAGUAAAUUCCCUUACCGGUGUCAAUAUUAUUGCUUGUUGUUUCUUACUUCCUCUUGGUGUACUUGUUUAUACUCUAUUUGGUGGAAUUAAAGCUACUUUCUUAACAGAUUACGUACACACCACUGUUAUAUUUAUAAUUAUUCUUUCUUUCGUGUUCACUGUUUACGGUACAUCCGAUGUAAUUGGGUCACCAGGAAAAAUGUAUGAUUUAUUAGUUGAAGCUUCUAAUAAAGACCCAGUAGAAGAUAACGAGCAAGGUUCAUAUGUCACAAUGGCUUCUUUACAAGGAUUAAUUUUUGGAAUUAUCAACAUUGUUGGUAAUUUUGGUACUGUAUUUGUCGACAAUGCUUAUUGGCAAAGAGCUAUUGCUGCUCGACCCUCAUCUACAGUCAAGGCAUAUUUGAUUGGUGGACUUUCAUGGUUUGCUAUUCCAUUCACUCUUGCUACCACUAUGGGUAUUGCUGGUGUUGCCUUGGUUGGAGCUGGAGCGAUACCACCAAUAAGUAAAGAAGAUGUAUCUGCUGGUUUAGUACUUCCCACGGCUGCUACUGCACUUUUAGGUAAAGGUGGAUCUUUUGCUGUAUUGGUUUUGGUUUUUAUGGCUGUCACUUCUGCUGCCUCCGCUGAGCUUAUAGCUGUUUCAUCUAUUUAUACAUAUGAUAUAUUUCGAACAUAUAUUCACUCGGGGGCCAUGGGAAGUGAAGUAAUUACCCAUUCGCAUUAUUCCGUUAUUGGAUUUGGUCUUAUAAUGGGAGCUCUUGCUGUUGUACUCCAGAAAAUUGGAAUUAGUCUCGGAUAUAUGUAUUUACUUAUGGGCAUCAUAAGUUCACCGGCCGUUAUUCCAGUAGCUUUCUCAAUUACUUGGACAAAACAAAGUUGUGGAGCCGCUAUUGGUUCAGCACUUAUUGGCGUAAUUGGUGGAAUCACAGCGUGGUUAGUGACUGCUCAAUCUCUCUAUCAUGAACUUACUAUUGAUAGUACUGGCAAAAAUUAUCCCAUGUUGGCAGGAAAUCUCACCUCUUUAUUAGUUUCUCUCUUCGUUGCCAUAGUCUGGUCACUUAUUUCUCCAUCAAACUUCAAUUUCGAUGAAACACGAGAGAAGCUACAAAUUCUUACCGAUGAUGAAGUUGUAAAAAAUGCAGUAUAUCUUGAUCCGAUUGAAAGAGAUGAAACUCGCCUAAAAAAAGCAUUUAAAUUUGCUGUUUGGAGUAGUGUCAUAUUAACAAUAAUAUUGGUUAUUUUAUGGCCUUUACCAUUGUACUUUUCGAGAUAUGUUUUCUCAAAACCAUUCUUUACUUUCUGGGUCGCAAUCUCCAUGAUUUGGGCUAUCUGCAGUGCUUGUGCUGUAGCUAUAUAUCCGAUUUACGAAUCAAGAAAAAGUAUCUUCAAUGUAGUCCGUGGGAUGUUUUUAGACCUUACAUGUUCUGGACCUCCUCCAAAAAAGACAGAAAAUGUUUCUGAAAUUAAUGUUGAAGAGAAGGCAUAA